AUAUUUUUUAAGCACAAAAUCAUUGUAUGUUCAAGAUUCUUUUACAAGAUUACAGAACAUUGAACGGAAAGAUUAUGUUCUCUUUUUAUGCAUAAAAUAUCUUAGGAAUUAAGAAAGCAAAAUUUGCAAUAGAAGAUAAAUCAUUGCUGAUGCCAGCACAAUAAGUGUUGAAGAUUGAAUACCAUCUGUCGCUGCUAGAGGGCGUGAUGGACGCUGCACAUUUUCAUUGUUCCUCAUAAACAGACUCACCAAACUGAAUCUGCAAUUUUUAUCUUUAUUUGCAAUUUGAAACUGAAACCAACCAGAAUACAUGGCUUCUUCGUUACAAAACCAACGUACAACAACAGAAAGUAGACAAAGUUUGCAAGAACAGGCAAAUAAAUUAUAUAGAAACAGGAAAGCUUUCCAGGAUUUCAUUCAUGGAAAAAUAGAGUUACAUCCGGUGUGUGUUCGUAUCAUUAAUACACCGCAAUUUCAUCGUCUCCGACACAUCAAACAAAUAGGGACCUGCUAUUACGUGUACCCAACUGCCUGUCACAACCGAUUUGAGCAUUCUAUAGGUGUAUGUUACCUCGCUGGAAAACUGGUCCGAAAACUCAAAGAACGACAGCCAGACGAAAAUAUAACAGACGUAGACAUUUUAUGCGUAGAAAUCGCCGGAAUCUGUCAUGAUUUAGAAGCACCUACCCCUUCAAAUAUUGUUGCAAAUGAUAGAAACGGUGUUGAUGUUGAUAAAUGGGAUUAUCUGGCACGUGACAGUCAUAUACUUGGAUUGAAUAUGACGCUAGAUUACGAGAGAUGCUUUACUAGUGCUCGAGUUAUUAAAAGCAAUGGAGAAAAUGGGGGUAAUGGAACAAAUGGUGAACAUGCUAUUGUUCCUCGGAAGCAAAUUUGCUAUAGAGAAAAAGACGCUUUAGACUUAUAUGACAUGUUUUACGCAAGACUGAACUUACACAGACGGGCUUAUCAGCACAAGACGCAUACAGUUAUUGGUCUUAUGAUUUCCGAUGCCUUGAUAGCAGCAAAUGAUUCUAUAUUAAUUGGAGGGAAAAAAAUUACAGAGACAGUGGACGACAUGAAGGCAUUCACACUUUUGACAGACGAUGUCCUCCAGUUGAUUAUCCAUAAAAAGAAGGAAGAAGACUCAAGAGGCAAAGACAACCCACAACUUGACAGAGCAUAUCAACUGAUACAAGAUAUCAUGAACAGAAGACUGUAUAAAUGUGUUUCCCAAACACAUUGUAAGGAUAAAAAUCUAACAAAAGCAGACGUAUUAGAUGGACUGAAAAAAUGUUUGAAAGACAAAAGUGUUCCAGAAAAUUUUAUAAUCGUUAACAUUGUGAAAUUUAACUACGGUAUGAAAAAUAGAAAUCCUUUGGAUAAAGUACGAUUUUACAAGAAAGACAAAUUGGAUACAGCUUUCAAAUUAAAAAAGGAACAGGUACUUUAA